AUCUCUCCUAUACGCUGGCCGUGAAAACAGAAGGUAGUAAUUAAUACGGUAGUUUAUUGAAUUGUAGGUUCCUCAAACGAUAUAGCGAGUCUGACUGGAGGGGUUGGGUAUAGGUUAACUGAAUUAAAGGCUCAAAAGCUGUGUGUCACUCUUCGAUUGUUUUAGCCAAGAGAACUGCCCCACAUGUUAUCUUAUAUUGCGGGACAGAGCCGAGUUCGGGUUUUUCAGGAGCAGCAGUUUGUAAUGUUAGUCAGCAGAUCGAGCGAGCGAACACAGCGGACCCCAGACAUCGUAUGUUACUGUGAUUAUUGCUGCUUAUUUUUAUCUGUACCUUUCCAACCUUCAACUGCUGCUGGACUUCCGGAACAGAAAAUGAAUAACCUUUCCUUUAGUGAGCUGUGUUGCCUGUUUUGCUGCCCUCCAUGUCCUAGCAAAAUUGCCUCAAAACUUGCUUUCCUGCCCCCCGACCCCACUUACACCCUGAUGUGUGAUGAGAGCGGCAGCCAUUGGACUCUGCACCUCUCGGAACGAGCAGACUGGCAGUACUCGGCAAGGGAAAAGGAUGCCAUUGAGUGCUUUAUGACCAGGACCAGUCGAGGAAACAGAGUAGCCUGUAUGUUUGUUCGCUGUUCCCCAAAUGCCAAGUUUACCCUGCUCUUCUCCCACGGGAAUGCUGUGGACUUGGGCCAGAUGAGCAGCUUUUACAUUGGACUGGGCUCUCGCAUAAACUGCAAUAUCUUCUCCUACGAUUAUUCUGGGUAUGGAGCAAGUUCUGGGAAGCCAUCAGAGAAAAACCUCUAUGCAGACAUUGAUGCUGCCUGGCAGGCACUGAGGACACGGUAUGGCAUCCGUCCUGAAAAUGUGAUCAUAUAUGGCCAGAGUAUAGGAACAGUACCAUCGGUGGACCUCGCUGCACGAUAUGAGAGUGCAGCUGUCAUUCUGCAUUCUCCCCUGACGUCCGGAAUGCGGGUAGCUUUUCCAGAAACAAGGAAGACUUACUGUUUUGACGCAUUUCCAAACAUUGACAAAAUUUCUAAGAUUACCUCUCCAGUGUUGAUUAUCCACGGAACAGAAGAUGAAGUUAUAGAUUUCUCACAUGGACUAGCACUAUAUGACCGCUGUCAAAGACCAGUGGAGCCAUUAUGGGUGGAAGGAGCUGGCCAUAAUGACGUGGAGCUUUAUGGACAGUACCUUGCAAGAUUAAAACAGUUUAUUGCACAUGAGCUGGUGAAUUUGUAAAAAAAAAAAAAAAAAAUAUAAAUAUAUAUAUAUAUA